GUUAGCAAUGACUGUUGAGAGUAGCAGAAAAUCAUUUGUGAUUCUGGCUGGUGUGUUUGGUGCUGCUGUAUCAAUUCUGUAUCUCAUCUAUUCCAAUUUGCCUGAUCUCCCCCCUGAGCAUAGAGCUAGCAUAGUACUUCCACGUGACAUUGAAGAUGCUAAAAAAUUGGGGCAAGUGAUUUCUAUAUACAAAGAAACACACUACUAUUCUGUCAUGGGCCUCUUCUUUGCUGCUUACAUAUUCUUACAAACCUUUGCAAUACCUGGUUCUAUAUUUUUGUCUAUACUUUCAGGAUUUUUGUUCUCGUUUCCAGUAAAUCUAUUUCUGAUCUGUUCAUGCAGUGCUCUUGGUGCAACUAAUUGCUUCCUCCUGUUCUCAUUGGUUGGCAGAAAGAUUGUUAUGAAGUAUUUUCCAGAAAGAAUUCAGACAUGGAAUGCUCAGGUUGACAAACACAGAGACAGUCUUUUAAACUACAUCAUAUUUUUGAGGAUCACACCGUUUCUGCCCAACUGGUUUAUCAACAUGACAUCACCUGUUAUUGGUGUUCCUGUUUUUCCCUUCGUUUUUGGGACAUUCAUAGGUGUGGCCCCGCCCUCGCUACUGGCAAUACAGGCUGGGAAAACAUUACACACAUUGACUAGUGCCAGCGAUGCGGUUUCUCCACUUCAACUCAUCUUAUUGAUCGGACUGGGCUUCGUGAGCAUGAUACCUGUUGCUUUCAAACAUUACUUUAGACAAAAGUUGGAAUGACAGAAUUUGAAAUAGUCUUUAAUUUAGUUUGGGGCAUUAUUAUUUCAAUGAUGAAUUUACCGAUGUGACAUGCAUGUUGCUUAAAUACUUUGUUAGCACUUUAUUUACUUAAUUAAGAGAGCAUUCCCGACUUCAAUCUUAUUCCUAUACUUUAAACUAGAAGCUUUAAAACGUAACGUGCAAUUUCAAAUUCAGACUAAUUUAUUUAUUUAUAUUCUGUUGCAUCAGUUGUUAAGAAUUUGUAUUCUUGAGUUAUAAUGCCACCGUACCCGGUUCUACCUUUCUAACCUAUUUAAAGAAAACAAUGCUAACUGCCCAACUUUAGGUUAAACCUAAUAAUCUGGUACAUUGUAGUCAAAAAGGCUUUUUGUCCCAUAUUGAAUUUGUUCAAUUGAAUUUGAUAAAAGCCAACCCACACUUUUAUCAUUGAUAAUAUGAAGUUUACUCGAAACCUCACUAAA